CCCCCUCUCUCAUCCACCAACAUGAUCAGAGACACAAACAGACAAAGGAAGAAGCCGUGCUGUCUGUCCGAGCGUGCAGAGUUGUUCAGCUGCGAACUCAGAGCAAAGCAAACAGCAUCUUCCAACUCCAAAAUAGUCAUCCGAGUUGCAAAGCUCUUUUUCAGCACAAAUCUGAGGACACAGUAAAAAUCUUUGGUAUUUUUAACAGAGUGAUAUUAUGGCGGCAGCAGCACCUGAUGAAGAUAAGCCAGAACACAUCAGCACUGAGUGUGAGGACUUGUCUGAGCUGAGGGUCGUUCUGCUGGGGAACAGCUGGUCUAAGAGGAGCUCAGUGGGGAACUUCAUACUGGGAGCGACUGUGUUCAGCCCUGAGGAUAAAGCAGACCUCUGUCUGAGAGUCAAAAGAGAGCUGAAGGGGAAAGAAAUCGAUCUCAUCAACACUCCAGAUCUGCUGUCACCUAAAAUCUCCCCAGAAGAUCUGACGAAACAAGUUGAGAACUGUGUGAGACUCUCUGCUCCUGGACCUCAUGUGUUUCUGCUGGUCCUCCAGCCUGCAGACUUCACUGAGGAUCACAGACAGAGGCUACAAAUGGUCCUUGAACUCUUUGGUGAUCCAUCCUUUGAUCGUUCACUGGUUCUGAUAAUGCCCAAAGACAAGAGUUCAAGUUCCAUUGAAAAGUAUCUGCAGCAUCCACAGUUAGGAGACAUAAUCAAGAAAUGUAGAGAAAAAUUGUUGUGGCAGAAGAACCUGGAACGAGAGCAGCUGUUAGCAGCCAUAGAUACAGUGGUGAAGAAGAGCACGAGGGAGGAAGUUUCCAGUGAGGAACCACCUGUUUCACCCGGUCAAGAUGACUUGGAUCCUAUAAGGGGUGCACAUGAACUCAGGAUAAUGCUGUUUGGAAAAAGUGAGGAUAAAAAAUCAUCCCUGGAAAAGCUCAUCAUUCAAAAAAAAGAGUUUAAUAUUCCCAAAGUUCUUGGAGGAAAGCAAUGUCGUGCUGCCUCUGGAGAGUGGAACGGGAAACCUCUCACCGUAGUCAAAACCCCCGACAUCUUCAGUCUGUCUGUGAAAACAUUGUUAGAAGAGAUGAAGAGCUGUGUGAGUCUCUGUCCUCCUGGACCAAACGUUCUGCUGCUGUUAGUGAAACCUUCUGAUUUCACUGAGAAGAACAGAAAAAAUCUGAAUUUGGUCCUGCGUGUAUUUGGUCAAGAUGUCUUUAAGCACUCAAUGGUCAUUAUAACACAUAAUGAGAAAUGGAGCAACUCAGUAGAAAAACUAAUUGAAGACUGCAAUCAAAGGCAGCAUUUAGUUAAUUUUGACAAAAAAGAUUCUUCUAAAAUUUACUCAGAGUUGAUGCUAAAAAUAAAUAACAUAGUGAGUGAAAACUGGGGAGAGUAUCUCAUGUUAAAAGAAGAGGCUAAACCCAAUCUGAAGUCCAGUCUGAACCUGGUUCUGUGUGGGAGGAGAGCAGCAGGGAAGACGUCAGCAGCCAAGGCCAUUUUAGGUCAGACUGAGCUUCAUUCAGUCUCCAACUCAUCAGAGUGUGUUAAACAUCAGGGAGAGGUGUGUGGACGUUGGGUUUCCCUGGUGGAGCUGCCUGCCUUGUAUGGAAAACCUCAGGAGGCAGUGAUGGAGGAAUCAUUCAAGUGUAUCUCCCUCUGUGAUCCUGAGGGUGUCCACGCCUUCAUCCUGGUCCUACCUGCAGCUGCCAUCACUGAUGAAGACAAGAGAGAGUUAGAGACCAUCCAGGACACAUUCAGCUCUCGAGUCAAUGACUUCACCAUGAUUCUGUUCACUGUUGAGUCACAUCCUACAGUUUCAACUGUUCUUAACAUUGUAAGACAAGACAAGGACAUCCAGCAGCUCCUUCAGACCUUCAGACAAAGACAUGUGGUCCUCAACAUCAAAGACAAAAAGAUUUCAGAGAUGUUUGAGGUGGUGGACAAAAUCGUUGAGGCAACGGACAAACCACACAGUUAUACAGCUACAACAUUUUUACAUGCACAAAUGGAGAAAGUCUUACAACUAAAGAUGAACAUGGUCACUGGUGGAGAACAGGACUCAGACUGUCUCAGGAUUGUGGUGAUUGGGAAGACUGGCUGUGGAAAGAGCUCUACAGGAAACACCAUUUUAGGAAGAGAUGAGUUUAAGGCUGAAUCAAGUCAAAUAUCAGUCACAACAUGGUGUCAGAAGGCAAAGAGUGAGGUGGACGGUCGUCCUGUUGUUGUAGUUGACACUCCUGGUCUGUUUGACACAACUCUGACCAAUGAUGAAGUUCAUGAGGAGAUGGUGAAAUGUGUCAGUCUCCUGGCUCCAGGACCACAUGUCUUCUUGCUGGUAUUGCAGGUUGGCAGAUUCACAGCAGAGGAGAAAGAGACCCUUACACUCAUCAAGAAAGCCUUUGGGAAGAAUUCUGAAAAGUUCACCAUCGUUCUUUUAACCAGAGGAGAUGAUCUGGAACGUCAGGGAGAGUCUAUUGAUGAUUACAUCAAGAACAAAUGUCACAGUUCCUUUCAGAAGCUGAUCCAUAACUGCGGAGGAAGAUACCACGUGUUCAAUAACUCUGAGAAACAAAACCGCACACAAGUCAGUGAGCUGAUAGCAAAGAUUGACACCAUGGUGAAGGACAAUGGAGGAAGCUUCUACACCAAUGAGAUGUUGCAAGAGGCUGAAGCAGCAAUAAAGAAGGAGAUGCAGAGGAUCCUGAAGGAGAAGGAAGAAGAGAUUCAGAAGGAAAAGGAAGAGAUUGAAAGAAGAUAUAAAGAGAAAAUGGAAACCAUGAAGAAAAGAUUGGAUGAAGAGAGAGAAAAAAUGGAAAAAGAGAGAAAAAAGAAAGCCAACGAACUCGAGGAAAUGGAAGGGAAAAUCAAGUUGGAACAAGAAAAGAGAAAGAAAGAAGAGGAAAUCAGAGAACAAGAGAGAAAGGAAAAGGAAGCUGAAGAAGAAAAACUUCGAGAGAACUUUAUAAAGCAACUUCAAAAGUUGGACAAUGAAAUUCAGUUAGAAAAAGAGGAGAAGAAAAGUGUUGACAGAAAGCUGGAAGAGACCAGAGAAGAGAUGAGAAGAAAACAAGAGGCCUGGGAGAAGACAUUGAAAGAAGAGCGUGAGAAACAAAGGCAAGAAGAUGAAGAGAGAUGGCAGUCCGAGAAGCAGAGAAUAGAAAAACUGCAGCAAGAUUACAAUCAAGAAAAACUAUUAUAUGAACAAAACAAACAAAAAGAGGAUCAGCGUCGAAGAGAACAGGAGGAAGAAAAGUUAAAAGAAUUGGAGAAAGGUUACAAGAAAUCUCUGGAAGAUCUAAAGAAGAAUUAUGAAGAAGAAGCCAGAAAGAAAGCAGAAGAGUUCAAUGAAUCCCAAAAGAAAUACAUGGAGGAAAUAGCAGCUCAGAAGGAAGAACACGAGAAGGAAAUGAAUGACUUAGUGAAACGUGUGACCAAAAAGAGUGAAAACCUGAAAAAGAUCAAGAAUUUAGUGGAAAAACAUGAGAAACAAAUGAAGAAUGCCAAAAAUGAGGAGGAUAAGGAAGAACUACAGGAAAAACAUGAAAAACAAUUAAGUGAACUGAUGCAAGAAAUCUUGAACCAAGGGACCAAUGACUCAUCAGCCUGCAGCAUUUUAUGAAGACCUGAUGUGGUGAUCAGUUACUUUUUACUGAACAAAGAGUUUUUCCUGAGUUGAGCUUUUUAUGUACAAAGAUGUUCAUUUAAGUUGUUUCUUCCUGUAAACGUUAUUAGUUUUGCUCUAUACUGAACUGUAAGUAAAAUGAGUCAUUUAAUGUUUAAAAUCUUGACUGAUUUGUUGUUUUUUAUAAUGUUUGGUAAAAAUCUGCAUUUUUAAAAAUCAUACAUUGUUGUUAUAAAUGUAGUCUCCUAUUGACAGAAAAACUAAAUUAGGUGCAUUAUUUUAUUUCUUAUGUUUAUUGGGAGUAGUUAGGGAGUAAUAGGGAAGUGUUUUUAUGUAGUUUCUUUGGGGUUUUUUGUUUUAAAAAAAAUGUAGUUGUGAUUAGUAAUUAUAACAUUUUAUUGUAAAUAAAAUUCUAAAUGUAUAAGAAUAAAAUGGAUAAAUGAAUAAACGGUUUUGACUUGGAUGGCA